AUGACUGGUAGAUUCCGUGUUCCACCUGGCAACUACGUAAUCGUACCAUCAACGUUUGAACCUAAUGAAGAAGCCGAAUUUAUGCUUAGAGUGUACACAAAUGGAUUCAUUGAAUCAGAGUAAGU